AUGCAAUUAUCUACAUUAGUCAAUUGGUUGGCUGCUUUAACUGUCGGGGCACAGGCAGUGUCAUUUGGUAACAAUUUAAAAGAUCAGAUUAUAUUGGAUUCUGAAGAAAGUUCACCAGAUUUGUAUUUGGAGUCGAUGUUUAAAGAUUUAGGUUCAUUGCCAAUUGAUUUGAUUACUGCUUGGGCAGAAAUGCAAUCGGAAUUGUCACCUGAACAAAUCGCCAAAUUAAUCAAUCAAUAUGAUUCUAAGAAUGAAAAACCAAAAAAGAACAAGUUUAAUCCAAUGACAUCAUCCUCUUCACCAACUGCCAAAUUUGAAAAACUUUCUAAUGAGAAAUUUACUGGUUAUUCAAUGCGUGUAAAAGAAAGUUUCCCGGAAAUUUUGGGUCUCGAUACAGUGAAACAGUAUACUGGGUAUUUAGAUAUUGACUCAUUAGAUAAACAUCUUUUCUAUUGGUUUUUCGAAAGUAGAAAUGAUCCAAAGAAUGAUCCUAUUAUUUUAUGGCUCAAUGGUGGUCCUGGUUGCAGCUCCUCGACAGGUUUAUUUUUCGAAUUGGGCCCAUCUUCAAUCAACAAGACUUUACAUCCGGUUUAUAAUCCUUAUUCUUGGAAUUCUAAUGCCUCAGUCAUUUUCUUAGAUCAACCUGUUGGUGUUGGAUAUUCAUACACAGGUGGUGAUGAAGUUAAGAACACUCUUACAGCUGCUAAAGAUGUUUAUGUGUUUUUGGAAUUGUUCUUUCAAAAAUUCCCACAGUUUUUGAACAACAAGUUUCACAUUGCUGGUGAAUCUUAUGCUGGUCAUUACAUCCCAGCAUUUGCUUCAGAAAUUAUUAACAACGCCGAUAGAUCGUUUGAGUUGGCUUCUGUGUUGAUUGGUAACGGUAUCACUGAUCCAUUGAUUCAAGAUGGUUCCUAUAAACCAAUGGGUUGUGGUGAAGGUGGUUACAAGCCUGUUUUAACUACUGAGCAAUGUGAUCAAAUGGAAAGGGAUUAUCCUAAAUGUGCCAAGUUGACUAAAUUAUGUUACAGUUUCCAAACGGCCUUGACUUGUAUUCCAGCCCAAUUUUACUGUGAUACCCGCUUAUUUAAGCCUUAUGAAGAAACAGGAUUAAAUCCAUAUGAUAUCAGGAAGCAUUGUGCCGAUCAAGGUGGUAAUUGUUACGUGGAAUUGGAUUAUUUGGAUGAAUACUUGAAUCUUGAUUAUGUAAAAGAGGCUGUUGGUGCUUCUAAUAUCGAUAUUUUUACUUCAUGCGAUGAUACUGUGUUUAGAAACUUUAUUUUAGACGGUGACGAAAUGAAACCUUUCCAACAAUAUGUUGCUGAAUUAUUAGAUAAUAACGUACCGGUAUUGAUUUAUGCUGGUGAUAAGGAUUUUAUUUGUAAUUGGGUGGGUAAUUUGGCAUGGGUAAACGAAUUGGAAUAUUCAGAUAGUGAACAGUUUGCACCAAAACCAUUGCAAUUAUGGAAACCAAAUGGUAAGAAUCCUGCUGGAGAAGUCAAAAAUCACAAGCAUUUCACAUUCUUGAGAAUUUAUGACGCUGGUCACAUGGUUCCGUUUGAUCAACCAGAAAAUGCCCUUGCUAUGGUUAAUACUUGGAUACAAGGAGAUUAUGCUUUUGGUUUAGAGAGUAAUUAA